AGGUUUAUGACUGUCGUCUUCUUCUUCCUUUUAAGUGAGAACCACAAAUUAACCAAAUAAUAUCUGGUGGUCAAUCAAUCAUCUGCCUCGAUUGUUUUUCGUGUUCCAUUUUACGCUUCUUCCCCGGAAAUUUCACCAAGCCAACUUUUCAUCAUCGCUUUGAUUAUCAUCUCUCUCUGUGGCUCAUUUCUUAUCUCUGUUACAUUAGCAGCAUUUUGUGGGUUUGAGAAACAGAGAUUACGGAGAUGGCAACUCUAGUUGCAUCUAACAUCGUCUGCAUCGGAAAAGUAGAGAGGAGAUUGAAAAUAGAUUGCAGAAAGAAAGAGAAAGGAGGAAGAGAUCAUCAAAGCAUUUCUCCUUAUAAAGUCAUUGAAAUUACUCCCCCACCUAAAUCUCUCGGCGUUCGUUGCCUUCCUCAUAAUCUUCAGUGCGGAGAGAACGUAAUGAUAGAAGGUCAAACGUACACAAUCUCGGCGGUAACUCAUCGAUAUCAGCUCCGGAAAGGUAAGUACGAGCCUAGUGAGCGACGCCUUGAUGUUCUCUCCGCCGCUAGAUACGUUUUAAACCUUUAUUUCGACAAUUUGCUCCAAAACUCUUGACCCCCUUUCCUUACAUUUCCUUUUCCCUGAACAUUAGUGUAAUAAGGAACCUGUACGACGAUGAUGGAUACUUGUUGUCAUGAUCUUGGUAAUAUUAAUCCUUGGUAA